AUGGAUGCAAGGAAGAGGGAGGACAGCUCCGUGCUUAUCCGCAUCGAUCCUUCAGAUGCACUCUUCAUCGUUCACACACAGCCAAAGAUCCCUCAACCAACCAACCUCACAGCCUCCCGCGCGCAACCCCCCAACGAACCCGGUCGUGGAAUGAUACAAGCAUCGGCAUCCUCCGUCCCGCUUGCGCCUGCAAAGCGCCAUCGACGUAUCGGGACGGUGCCUCACCAGCACCACCCGUCCUCCGGCCGCGAAAAGAUCCUUGGCAAACCGCGCCGCCAAGCUAGCUUCAGGGGACCGGGACCCGUGCGGUUGACGAGCAAGCCCGGGGAUUGGCCAGCGUGGUGGAGGGAGGCGGCGUGCGAAAUGGUUGGAUACGAUGGCACGGGUGGAAGCGACGCCGGCCUUUGGACACUGUGGGAUCGGGUAGGGGAGGUGGAUGGUGGGGUCUGA